AUGGAACAUAGAAGAUUGCGCAAAGGGCCGCUGCCUGGAGGUCGUCAGGGCGCGUCUGGAGCUGGCGCUGGACGCGACAGCAUGCGAACCGCCAGCCGAGCGCGAGGUGCUGCACGACCACCCAGCAGCCCCUCGCAUCCAUCAUCCCCACCAGCUUGCUUGGUGUCGGCAGGGUCUUCGCAGGCCCAGCAAUCGGCACCCGCCACUGGUGGAGUACGCCGCAUGCGAUGGACCAUCAAUAUGAAUUCAAACGCAUUGCGGGCGUAUUUUAGGGCGAAAGGGGGAGAAAUUGGAGGUUUCGCGUAUCGGGCUAGGAUGCAUCGUCUUUUUACUGAGCUGGAGCCAUCUAUUACUGUCACCGAGCAAAACCUGGCAGACCGAGUUCGGUAUAUCUUACGCUCAAAUAUAUUUGAUGGCGCCGAACUCGAACGGCUACGACGUGAGGCUGUUCCCUCAUCAAAUGAAAACGCUACGACUGAGGGUGCGGUGCCACAAGUUGCAGAACAACCCGCACACGUGGAUGCCGCCGAGAAUACCCCAGUGGUUGCUGAUUCAAAUGAUGAUGGAACAUUCACCCAGGAACUAGAAAUAGAGCAAAUGAGGAGUACAUUGGAAGAGGCGAUUAUGGAAACGCGCAGUACGCCUCUCGAAAAUCGACCGCGACUUCCCCGCAUAGCCCUAAGCAAGCGGAAUCGGGCUGUCGUAAGGGCUCUGAACCCAAUGCUGGUGACCUAUUUGGAAGCCAGCCGGGACCUUUGCGAGACGGACUCAAUUCUCUUUGGCGCCGCACUGGCAGUCUGCCGUAUUAUAGGCGCCAAACUUUCCACGGCUGGACGCACUACUGGACAAAGUAGUGCUAUCCCAGCCUGGAGAACAAGAAUUGAAGAACGUAUCGCAAAGGCUAGGGCCCUCAUCGGCAGACUGAUAUGCUUCAGGUCAGGCAAUACCAGGCCAAGGAUUGUGCGCACCGUCAGGAUGGCGUUUGCUGGGACAAAUGUUAGUUUGUCCCAGCCGGAUAUAAUGCAAAAACUGACUGAGCGCAUAGACGACCUGAAGCAGAGAAUCGCUGCUUGGGGAAAGCGAAUUCGGCGAUAUACCGAGAGGUCGACACGGUUCAACCAGAAUCGUCUCUUCCAGAGUGAUCAGAAGAGGCUCUAUAAAUCAUUGGAGCGACCAAUGGUAAGUGGAACGGGCCCAGAACCGAAUCAGGCCGACACGGUCGCAUUCUGGCGCAGCCUGUGGUCAGAGCCCGUAAACCACAACGAGGGCCCUUGGACGGAAGUUGUGGCGAGUCAGUGUGCGGGUAUUACGCCCAUGGACCCCGUCACCAUAACGCCGGAUGACGUAGCUGAGGCGGUCCGUAGGGCCCCGAACUGGAAAAGUCCGGGACUCGACGGGCUGCAUCACUACUGGCUGAAGGGGUUCGUGAGGACAAGUAAGAUAGCGUCGUGGUCCGUAACUGAGGAUUGGAUCACAAGACAUUGGGCCUGA